GUACAGGCAGAAAUUGUGGAAAAACAACAUCAUUUGCCUCAUAACCUAAGUCAUGCAGAACACAAUGCCAUACACAGCCUCAGAAACCACCCAGACAUCAUCAUCAGAGAGGCUGAUAAAGGAGGUGAUGUUGCCAUCAUAAACAGGUCUGACUACCAAAAGGAGGCAGCCAGACAACUCUCCAAUACCAAAUUCUACAGGCCACUUCCCUCAGAUCCCACUGAGGAAUACACUAAGAAACUGCAUCAUCUACUCAGGACACUUCCUACACUAACACUGGAACAAACCAACAUACCCUUAGAGCCCCGACCAGGGUUAUUCUGUCUACUACCCAAGAUCCACAAACCCGGAAAUCCUGGACGCCCCAUCAUCUCGGGCAUUGGCACUCUCACUGAAGGACUGUCUGGAUAUGUGGACUCUCUACUCAGAACUUAUGCCACUAGCACUCCCAGCUAUCUCCGAGACACCACCGAUUUCCUGAGGAAACUACAAUGCAUUGGUGACUUUCCAGAAAACACCAUCCUAGCCACCAUGGAUGUAGAGGCUCUCUACACAAACAUCCCACCCACAGAUGGAAUACAAGCUGUCAGGAACUUUAUCCCUGAUGAUGCCACAGCACAACUGGUUGCUGAGCUCUGUGCCUUUAUCCUCACACACAACUAUUUCAAAUUUGAUGACAAUAUAUAUCUCCAGAUCAGUGGCAUCGCUAUGGGCACCCGCAUAGCCCCACAAUAUGCCAAUAUUUUUAUGGUCGACCUGGAACAAUGCUUCCUCAGCUCUCGUCCACUCAUGCUCCUUCUCUGCCUAUGCUACAUUGAUGACAUCAUCUGGACCCAUGGGAAAGAGACUCUGGAAAAAUUCCAUCACGAUUUCAACAGCUUCCACCCCACCAUCAACCUCAGCCUGGACCAAUCUACACAGGAGGUCCACUUCCUAGACACCACGGUGCAAAUAAGUGAUGGUCACAUUAACACCACCCUACACAGAAAACCUACCGACCGCUAUGCCUACCUUCAUGCCUCCAGCUUCCAUCCCAGGCACACCACACGAUCCAUUGUCUACAGCCAAGCACUGAGGUACAACCGCAUCUGCUCUAACCCCUCAGACAGAGACCAACACCUACGAAAUCUCCACCAAGCAUUCUCAAAACUACAAUACCUGCACGAGGAAAUAAGGAAACAGAUCAGAGCCAGACGUGUACCCAGAAGCCUCCUACUGCAAGACAACCCCAAGAAAGAAACCAACAGGACUCCACUGGCCCUCACAUACAGUCCCCAGCUAAAACCCCACCAAUGCAACAUCAGGGAUCUACAACGCAUCCUGGACAAUGAUCCCACACUUUCACAGGCCUUGGGUGACAGGUCAGUCCUCACCCACAGACAACCUGCCAACCUGAAACAUUCUCACCAGUAACUGCACACCGCACCAUAAUAACUCCAGCUCAGGAACCAAUCCAUGCAACAAACCUUGAUGCCAACUUUGCCCACAUAUCUACACCAGCGACACCAUCACAGGACCUAACCAGAUCAGCCACACCAUCACCGGUUCAUUCACCUGCAUGUCCACCAAUGUAAUAUAUGCCAUCAUAUGCCAGCAAUGCCCUUCUGCUAUGUACAUCGGCCAAACUGGACAGUCUCUGUAGAAAAGGAUAAAUGGACACAAAUCAGAUAUUAGGAAUGACAACAUACAAAAACCUGUAGGAGAACACUUCAACCUCCCUGGCCACACUAUAGUAGAUCUUAAGGUGGCCAUCCUGCAGCAAAAAAACUUCAGGACCAGACUGAAACUGCUGAGCUUCAGUUCAUCUGCAAAUUUGACACCAUCAGCUCAGGAUUAAACAAAGACUGUGAAUGGCUUGCCAACUACAAAACCAGUUUCUCCUCCCUUCGUUUUCACACCUCAACUGCUAGAACAGGGCCUCAUCCUCCCUGAUUGAACUAACCUCGUUAUCUCUAGAUUGUUUCUUGCUUGCAUAUAUAUACACACCUGCCCCUGGAAAUUUCCACUACAUGCGUCCGACGAAGUGGGUAUCCACCCACAAAAGCUCAUGCUCCAAAACGUCUGUUAGUCUAUAAGGUGCCACAGGAUUCUUUGCUGCUUUUACAGAUCCAGACUAACACGGCUACCCCUCU